GUCGCGCAAGCGCAGCGAGCUCACGCAGACUUGGGAGCGUCUCUCAGGGAGUCCUUGUUCGGCGACACUACACGGGUCACUGGAAAUUGACCGUGGUCUUGCCCAGGUCCUGUGACCACACUUCGGGGCUGCUGCUGUACAGUGGGAUGACUGGUGCCCACCUGGUUUGGUAGAGCAGAAAGCAUCCAGCUCCCCAUGUGCUCAUUCAGGACUGCUGUAUUACAUCACUGCAUCCUCCUCACUGAUCUCCAAGGCAGCGGGCAGGAGCUGCAGAAGAGGCCACUGUCCCUGUCUCAAAGGCUCAGACCAUACAUCUGUCAUCCUCGAGGUCCUUCGGGUACUGUGAAUCAAGACCCAGACCUUGACUUGUGAUAGAACCGUGACAAUCAGCACUGAACCAGUGUUUCCCAGAGUGUGAUUCCUGUACCACUCUGCUGGUAACCAGAUGACUGGGGAGGAGGAGCUCAGCCAUAGGCAUUAAAUAACCAGUUGCAUAGCAGAAAGAGAGUCCCCUCUCCAUUCUUUAUUGUAUCAUCAUCAUCAUCAUCAUCAUCAUCAUCAUCACCACCACAUUAACUCCCACUAUAUGAAAAGGUCAUUUUUGUAAAGACAGACAAAUCUCAGCAAUCUCAUAACUUGACCUAAAGGGAUAUCUUAGACAUACUAGAAGUUCCACAGAAGAAGAAAUGAAUAGGUACAAAACAGUGCGGUUCUGCUCAAAUCCCCUGUGACUCCUUCCCCAGUAUGCUUCACACUAGAAUGUUCUCCUGGGCAUAGCCUGUUGCUUUGAUUUUGGCUGCUAUUGUGAGAGUCCCCUUAUUUCAUUUUCAACAGUUUGUCUGUUAUGUGCCUUGGUGAGAUUUUCUUGAAUUUACCCUGCUUACGUUUGCUGAGCUUCUCCAAUCUGUAUUCCUUUCAACAAAUUUGAGGAGUUUUUAAUAAACAUUUCUUCAAAUAUUUUUCCACUUCAUUAUCUCUGCCCUCCUUCACUGAUUCCAUAUAUAUGUAUAAGUUGAAUCUUCUAAUAUUGUCCAGCAGAUCAUUGAAGUUUGUUUUAAAAAUAAUUUUCUCUCUGUUCUUCAAAUUGAAUGUCUAUUGCUUCACCUUAAAAGUUAUCUUUCCUCUGUCUUUUCCAUUUUGCUGUUAAUUCCAUCCAAUAACUUAAAAUUUCACAUAUUAUCCAUUUCAUAUUGGUGAUUUCCAUUGGAUUAUUCUAAAAUUUUUUAUGUUUUUAUAAGCAUAUUUUCCUUUACACUUAUUAUGUCUUUUUUUUAAUCCAUGGCUAUAAUCACUGCUGGAAAAAAAAUCUUCACUUUUUGGAAAAAGAAAAAAAUCCUCAGUUCCAACAUUUGUGUUGUUUUGGGGUCCAUGUUCGCUGGUUUUCUUUCUCUCUUGAGAAGUGAUCAACUUACUUCUUCAGCUGUCAAGUAAUUUUGAAUUGUAUACUGGACAUAAUGAAUGUGCCAUAAACUCUGGAUUCUGGUAUAAUCUAAACAGUGUUGAUUAUCUUUGUUUGCUAGUUUUAGUAGAGACAUAAUUUGGGUGGAAUCAAAUGCAAAGUCACCUGGCCUGCCUGGCUCCCACCAUACUGGCUGGUAGACUGCAGCUCCAAUCUCCACUCAGCUCCUACAGCUUAGAUGAACUUCUUGCCAUCUGUCCUGUGGAUAUACACAUGCUGCAGGGUCAGCUGGACAUUUGGGCAGUUUGUACACAAAAUCUGGGACUACUCAUCUCUCUCUCUCUCCUCGCUGGGAUUUCAACCUCCACUUUCCAGCAAUUAUUUUUGCCCCCAAUUCUGUCCUCUCAUUAUUUAAGACAGUAAAAGAUUCUUUUUAAAAAAAAAAAAUUACAACUGUAAAAUAUUCUUUUAAAAAAUAUUCAAUUUUAGCUGGCUUGUGCAGCACCAGUUGGGAUCUGCCUUCAGGUUAAACUUAGGAACUGAGGAAUUCACCAGUGAUUUCCCAUUUUCUAUAUAUAAAUUCCUUUACAGUACCUGCCUGCUCUAUCACUCACCCAUGCCUUUGUGUAGUUAUUUCCUAUAUUUCCCAGAGUUUGUAGUCAUUGUCUGUAGUAUAGUUGGUCUAAGAGGAGCUACUCAGCCAUAUUGGAGUUGAGAAUCCUUUGUGUUGCAAAUGGUACCAUCUGAGAGAUGGUGAAGUUGAGGCCAGGAGAGGAAACAAGGCCACAGUGUGUUUCAGAAUGAGCAUGGAGAGCAAUCAGCUGUGAUUUUAAAAACUGCAUUGGGGAUUUUUUUAGAAUCCUAAAACAGACUGGCUCUUGUGCAAAUGCUGUUUUAUGCAUUAGUAAAUUGGUGAUAAUAUCAGCAAACAAUCAGUGUUCCUUAAGUGUUUACUAGGUCCUGUGCUGGGCCCUUAAAAGCAUUUCUCAAGAUGACUUGAUGAAACUGGAGUCUUUUCUUGGGAGACUUGCAGAGGAGGAGAUUGAGGUUUUUUGCAAAGUUAAAUUCAAGUUGAUAGAUCCCUCUGCGUGAUUAAACAACAAUAACAGUGACUCCUAUGUAUUGAGCUAAUUAUCAUGCUGCAGAUAGCACACUCUCUGCUACCUCAUCUAAUCCUAACAACCCCAUGAGGUCAGCACUGUUACUGUCACUCCACCUUUUCAGACAGACAAAUGGAGACUUAAAAAGUCAGGUAACUUCCCAGAGGUCAUAUAAUUAACAAGGGACGGACCCACACUUGAACUCAAGCAGAUUAGCACCAAACCCAUCUGCUUACCCUCUAUGCUACAGAGCCUUCUUGCUGUGAUCAAACACUGAGAAGACCUGUCACCUUAUGGGUCACUUCCUCUUGGUACAGACUGGACUGGCUCAGACAGAAUCCAGAAGGCUGCGGGCAUCUCAGGCACAGGUAUACAGGUGGUACCCCGCAAAUGUCUGUGGGGUGUGAAUCAGCCCAUUUCUGCCCAUUCAUCAGGCACCCUAGCCUACAACACAAAUGAGGAAAUCUUCCUAGGAAGGAAUAAGUGGCAACAAACUGCAGAAGUUCCCUUGUCCUGGUUUUCACUUCAUCUUUUGGAAGAUGUAGGCCGGGUGAGCAGAGAUCCCGGGCUCAGGCCAGCCAGCCACUUUGCCUCCGAGCGCUGCCAUGAAUCACUUCCAGACCAUCCUGGCCCAGGUGCGGGUGCUGCUCUCUGGUUGCCAGCCGAGGCAGGUGCAAGCCCUCCUGGACAGCCUGCUGGAGGAGGAGCUCCUGUCCAGGGAGUACCACUGCGCCCUGCUCCGUGAGCCCGAUGGCGAGGCUCUGGCCAGGAAGAUCUCGCUGACCCUGCUGGCGAAGGCGGACCUGGACUUGGCCUUUUUGGGCUGGGCUUGGAGCCAGCUUCAGGCCCCGAAGGUGGAGAGGGGCCCUGGCUGCAGGGACCACGGAGACCAUGGACAGUGUGCAGCCAUGGAGCUGGGGCCCCUGGAAGGUGGGUACUUGGAGCUUCUUAACAGCGACGUUGACCCCUUGCACCUCUACCACUUCUAUGACCAGAUGGACUUGGCGGGAGAGGAAGAGAUCGAGCUCUGCUCAGAACCCGACAUGGACACCAUCAACUGUGACCAGUUCAGCAGGCUGCUGUGUGACAUGGAAGGGGAUGAAGAGACCAGAGAGGCAUACGCCAACAUCGCGGAACUGGACCAGUAUGUGUUCCAGGAUGCCCAGCUGGAGGACCCGAGCAAGGACAUUUUCAAGCACAUAGAACUGGAAGAAGUGAUCGGUGAGAGUGUGGAGGUACUGGAAGAAGCAGGGCAGAGAAGUCAGAAAAGAUCCUUCCCAGAGGAGCAUCCCUUGGACCUGAAGCACAGGAAGCUAGCGGACCCCUCCACGUCCUUGGUGGGCUGCGUGACUCUCCCUGCUGGACCCAUUCAGCUCAUCUCCACAUUCCCCACUCUGCCCCAGGGGCUCUGGCAGGUCUCAGGGCUGGGCACAGGCAUCUCCAGUAUAUUAAUCUACCAUGGUGAAGUGCCCCUGGCCAGCCACACUCUCCCUUCCAGUGGCCCUGCUGUCCACAGCCUCCCAAAGUCCCCAGGCCGGCCUGGCUCCACCAGCCCCUUUGCUCCCUCUGCAGCUGACUUGCCCAGCAUGCCCGAGCCGGCCCUGACCUCCCGCACGGACAUGACAGGGGUCGAAAGAUCCCCUUCCCCAUGCCAGGCAGCUGCAGAGGACGUCAUCCAGCUUCCCAAAUGGCCUGAGACGGUGAGGCAGUUCUACCACUCACUGCAGGACUGGCAUCAGGCGGAGACUGCAGGCCUGGAGGGCGUCAUGGUGGAGGUGGAGCUGCUGAGAGCCCGGCUGGAGAAGGGCAGCCACAAGAGCCAGGAGAGGGAGCUGGCCACUGUGGACUGGGCUGAGCGCCAGCCGGCCAGUGGGGGGCUGGCCCAGGUGCUGCUGGCUGCCAGCGACCGCCGGCGACCUCUAGAGACCCGAGUGAUUGCUGUGCUGGGCAAGGCCGGGCAGGGGAAGAGCCACUGGGCCCGGGCAGUAGGUCGGGCCUGGGCCUGUGGCCAGCUUCCAAAGUACGACUUUGUCUUCUACGUGCCCUGCUACUGCUUGGACCACCCAGGGGACACCUACCGCCUGCAGGAUCUGCUCUGGUCCCCCGGCCCGCAGCCGCUGGCCAUGGAUGAUGAAGUCUUCAGCCACAUCUCCAGGAGGCCUGACCGCGUCCUGCUCAUCCUGGAUGCCUUUGAGGAGCUGGAAGCUCAGGAUGGAUUCCUGCAUGGUGCUGGCGGGCCUGCAUGCACAGAGCCCUGCUCCCUCCGGGGGCUGCUGGCCGGGCUCCUUCAGCGCAGGCUGCUUCGAGGCUGCACCCUGCUCCUCACGGCCCAGCCUCGUGGCCGCCUGGCCCAGGUCCUGGGCAAGGCUGAUGCCCUGUUCGAGGUGGCCGGCUUCUCCACUGAGCAGGCCCAGACAUAUGUGAAGUGCUACUUCGAGGGCUCGGAGUACCACGAGCGAGCUCUAAUGCUCCUUCAGAACCAGCCUUUUCUCCUCAGUCACAGCCACAGCCCCACUCUGUGCCGGGCAGUGUGCCAGCUCUCAGAGACCUUGCUGCAGCGAGGGGAGGAGGCUGAGCUGCCCUCCACACUCACAGGACUCUAUGUUGGCCUGCUGGCCCCGGUGACCCAGGACAGCCCCCCAGGGGCCCUGGCAGGGCUGGCCAAGCUGGCCUGGGAGCUGGGCCGCAAACACCAAAGUGUCCUGCGGGAGGGCCAGUUCCCGUCAGAGCAAGUGAGGACCUGGGCUGUGACCAAAGGCUUAGUGCAACCUGUGGCACAGCAGGUCCCAGGGGCUGCCCAGGCCGAGCUGGUCUUCUCCAGCUUCCUCCUGCAGUGCUUCCUGGGGGCCCUGUGGCUGGCUUUGAGCAGCGAAAUCAAGGACAAGGAGCUGCCGCAGUUUUUAGCACUGACCCCAAGGAAAAAGAGGCCCUAUGACAACUGGAUGGAGGGUGUGCCACGCUUUCUGGCUGGACUGAUUUUCCAGCCACGAGCCCGCUGCCUGGGAGCACUGGUUGGGUCUGCAGCAGCCUCUGCGGCAGAUAGGAAGCAGAAGGUGCUCACCAGAUACCUGAAGCGCCUGCAGCCCAGGACACUGCAGGCCGGGCGGCUGCUGGAGCUGCUACACUGCGCCCAUGAGGCCCGUGAGGCUGGGAUCUGGACGCACGUGGCGCGGGAGCUGCCUUCACCCCUCUCCUUCCUGGGCACACGGCUCACGCCACCUGACGCCCAUGUGCUGGGCCAGGCCUUGCAGGCUGCCGACCGAGACUUCUCCCUGGACCUCCGCAGCACAGGCAUUGAGCCCUUGGGUCUCGGGAGCCUCGUGGGACUGAGCUGCGUCACGUCUUUCAGGGCCGCCUUGAGUGACACCGUGGGGCUCUGGGAGUCUCUGCAGCAGCGUGGGGAGACCCAGCUACUCCAGGCAGUAGAGGAGAAGUUCACCAUUGAGCCAUUUAAGGCCAAGUCCCUGAAGGACGUGGAAGACCUGGGCAACCUCGUGCAGACCCAGAGGUUGAGAAGCUCCUCCAAAGACACAGUCUGGGAGCUCCCCGCUGUCCGCGACUUGAAGAAGCUGGAGUUUGCGUUGGGCCCCACAUUGGGCCCCCAAGCUUUCCCCAAACUGGCAAGGAUCCUGCCAGCCUUUUCCUCCCUUCAGCAUCUGGACUUGGACUCACUGAGCGAGAACAAGAUUGGGGACAAGGGUGUCUCGGAGCUCUCAGCCACCUUCCCUCAGCUGAAGGCACUGGAGACGCUCAACCUGUCCCAGAACAGCAUCACGGACGUGGGUGCCUGCAAGCUUGCCGAGGCCCUGCCCUCGCUCUCUGCAUCCCUUCUCAGGCUCAGCUUGUACAACAACUGCAUCUGCGACGCUGGCGCCGAGAGCCUGGCACGUGCGCUUCCUGAGAUGGGGUCCCUGCGGGUGAUAGACGUCCAGUACAACAAGUUCACGGCUGUGGGCGCCCAACAGCUGGCUGCCAGCCUGCGGAAGUGUCCGUACGUGGAGACCCUGGCGAUGUGGACACCCACCAUUCCGUUUGGUGUCCAGGAACACCUGCAGCAGCUGGAUUCCCGGAUUAGCCUGCGAUGACCUUCCUGUGCCCUGGAGAAGGUGACUGGCAACACUGAGGACACUGACCACGUUGGACCAUGGACUGGGUACCUGUGGACAGAGCUUGUCUCUGGAUUUAUCCCCUGAGCCUCAGUGCCUGGCAUCUGGCCCCUGUGGACUCAGGGCUGGCGCUGCCCAGCUGUGCAGGACCCAUGUCUUGCUCUGUGGGAAGACCCGGCCCAGCCCCAGGCUCUUCUAGGCCCCGGUAGACACCAGCCUUGUUCAGCUGUGGAGAGCCCCAAGGCAGGUGUGGCCCACCCCGGAGGACUGAGGCAUUCCCUGCAAACACUCUCGGACAGCCACAGUCAGGCCAGCAUGAGGGGCUGAAGCUACCAUGUGUCUGCCUGCUUGGGCCCCAGUCAGCCUGGUAAGAAGACCCUUCUCCCUGCUGGUUUCAACCAGACAUCUUGGCAGGGCCUGCUUGAUGCUCUGAAGAUAUCUGUGGACAACCCCGAUCGGCUGGCCCCCCAAACUGACAGGGAUUCUACAGCAGCUGCUAUCUGUCUGGGGCACUUACUGUUUGCACUAACUAUUGGCCAAGGUCAAAGCUGGGCUGGCCUCUGAUCUUAGCCAGCGAAUGGUUACACUAAGGGCUGAGGGGUGGGGAGACAGCUUGGCACCUCACCUCGUGCCCGCCCUGGGUUCUUUGCCUUCCCUGUCUUUUUUCACUACAUUUUAAAUGUCAGUCUCUUGGGAAGGGCUGGGGUUUGUUCAUACCAUGAUUUCUACUCUGGGGACCUACUUUAUGGUUAAUCCAAUGCAUACCAAGCCAUGCCAAGGCAUGGUGGCUUGAAACAACACCAGCAUCCAUUGGCUCACGCUCCUGUCAUUUGCACAGGGCUCAGCAGGGACAGUCCCCCGUCCCCUCGGCAUUACCUGGGGCAGCUUGAAGGUUGGGCUGGGCCAGGUGAUCGGAAGGCUCCUCCACCUGCAUGUCUGGCACCUGGCUCUGGCUGCUGGCUAGGCCCUCAGCCUCUAAGGAACAUCUGGGUGGAGACCUCUCCAUGGGAAGGGAUUUGGGCUUCCUCAUAGCAUGGUGCAGGAUUGAAGGGGGAUCACUCCAAGAGAAAGAAAUCAGGUAGAGACAGGAGAAGAGAGGAAGAGGAGAGGGAGACCACAGGGACAGUUGGUGACUUCUUUAUAGCUUAGCCUUACAUGUCACACCAAAUUGUUUCUGCCAUGUCCUAUUGGCCAGUGUGACGGGUUACUUCUAUCCUACUCCCCCCACUGUGCACACAUGCAUACAGUCGCACAUGUACACACACACACACACACACACGCACGCACACGCAUGGAAGAGUGUCCACCUGGGCCAAAUCCUGUCUUCCCUGAAAGGGUCUUGCUUGUGGCUUCCUUCUAUUUGGUGGAAACUCAUUCUUAAGCAGUCAACAAGGCUGAAGCCGUACAAAGGGGAAUGUUUUCCUCGGCCUUCGGCACACCACUCUGUCCUGGGAGCCACUUCUUAGCCAAGCUGGAACUCUGCUGGGACUGCGGGAGCUGGAGAGGCUCUUGGCAGCUCUGCUUUCCACACAGAGAGCCAGCAGCAUGGCUGUUGUUUUUCACUUAAGCCUGUCCUGCUGGCCAGAAGCCCGAUCGUAGAUUGAUGGGGACAACUUGCUCACUGCUGGUGGCAGACAGGAGUCAGCUAUUCAGCUAUGGCUCACACCCCGAGUGCCCCCAGUUUCCCACACUCUGCUCCUCUCCCCAGAAGUGGGAGUCAAGGUCAGGAGCAUUGAGGCUCAGCCUGACCCUGGCAGGCAGUCCCUGCAGUGGUAGAGUCUCCUCCAUUGGCACUGCAAAGGGUGUCACAUGCUGUCACCCAGGUUUGGAUGGUGAAGAGCUCAAGCAUUGCUGCUCAGGGGGCCCCUACAUUUGCAGCCAAUGUGAACUCCAUGGAACCCCCAUGAAUGUUGCCACAGGUGUGAGCACCAGGUGACUCUGGUGCAGUCACCUACUGCACCUGUCAGCCAGGUGGGCACACCUGAACCCUCUGCUUUUUGGUCUGUUAAAAUGAGGUCAGAGGCUCUGGUUAUUCAUGAUUUUUGAGUGGUGGCUACCGUUUACUUUAUGAGUCAAUUCACGUUGCACUUAUCACAGUGCAAGGGACGCAGUAAAUGUUCAGUAAAUGUUAACAAUUAUGGUUACUAUGAGUCUGUCCUACCACUGGGCCUCAAUGCAGCUCAUCAUGUAUACAAGUAAGGCUGCCUUGUGCCCCAGCAUCCUUAUCUGUAAAAUGGGCACAGGACCUUCCUCACAGGGUUAUGUGACUAUUCCAUGAGCAAAUACAUUGAGAGAGCCUGGCACACAGCUCAGUGUGUGCUAUCACCGUUACACACCUCUGUUUCAUUCUUGCCUCUGCCGGGACUGUUCUUCCCACCUCCUCAUGUGGCUGACUUCUCAUGCUUCAGGACUCGGUCAAGGACAGCUCCCCAGGAAGGUCUACUGACCACACACACAGCCCUCCCUGGCCGCCCACUGUCCAACUCCAUUGCAAUUCGUUGUCCGCUCUUUUCCUAGGCUGUGAGCUCCAAGAGGGCAGGGAACUUGACUGCUGUGUUCCCUGCUGCCCUCUGUGCCCAACAAGGUGCCUGUGUACAGUAGGUCCUUAAUAAAUGUAGAAUGGACGAACAAUCCUCAGCCAACUGUGCUUUAUUCAUUCUACAACUUCAUACCAAAUACACAGUGGU